CUUAUCUAGUCACAUGUUUGUUUAUUGUGUUGCUAUGUAUAAAUAUAUGGACUUACAAAACAUUAUACAAUUAGUUAUUAGGAUAUAUUCAAAAUCGAGUACGUAUAUACUGAAAACAACGAAAACGAAGUGACGAAAACAGACUGGACUUAAAGAUUCUUUAUAUCUGUGUAUCUGAAAAAAAACUAGUUAGACACUAAAACAUGUAGUAUUGCAACAGCUGAAGGAAAAUUUAAAGGCGAAAAAAGUCACAUGCACUGACGUUACCUGAUUGCAACGAACACAACCUACAAUGCAUUCUUAUAAACCAAAAAGUGAUGCGAAACGACGUCAGCCUCGUUCUCCAAAGACAUUAAAUGCUACUCCAAUCACCUUACUUGACGGAAGAUCAUCUCCACGAGGAACAGGAAAUCAUUUAAGUCGUCGUCUUUCACCGCUGCAUAUUUCGUCUUCAAGAAAUCUUCCACGACCACCUGAUAUCAUUAUUCAUUCACCGAAUAAUGAAAGGACAGAAAUCUCAAAAGAACGGUCAGCAGCUAAAAGUGGCAGAAGGAAACGAAUAAAUUCCAGCAGUAGGCGGCGCAAACGUUCAAUUGACACCAACAGAAGUCCACGUCUUGAUAAUGAUUUCAACCUACUGGAUGAUAGUGCAAGUUUAAGACGACUGAGUGUAUCUGACAAUGAAUCAAACUAUUCAUCGGAAAGUGAAAGCAGAUUUUCCAGUGUUAACAGCUUACUUAGUGGAGGACGUGCGUUUGCAGAUCAACUUACAAAAUGUAUCUCUGUACUAGAUCGAAGAGGACAGUAUUAUUUCAUGAAUCACAACAGGAGAGGAUAUUUUGCGAUAUUCAAUUUUCAAAUGUGUGGAGACAAAAUACGACUAGGAUCUGAAAAUGAUACUAAACGUUUGCAAACAUGUUUCACAAAACUUGGUUUCCAAACAGAAAUACUGCAAAAUUGUACAACUGCAGAAAUGGACCGUGAACUCAAACGGUUUAUGGCACUUGACCAAACAGAUUGUGAUUGCUUUGGAAUGGCUAUACUAAGUCAUGGGGAAAAUGGACGAAUAUCGACUCGGGAUGGAUCCAUUACUUUGGAAAAUGUUAUAAGAAAAGUUAAGAAAUGUGAAAGUUUACUUGGAAAACCAAAACUAAUUUUUGUUCAGAGUUGUCGACUGGACAAUAAUUUGACUACUGAUGCGGCCAUAGUACAAAGUAUACCAAAACUAGCGAUUGAAUCAGACUUACUUGUAUCGUAUGCUACUACGAAAGGAAAUGUUGCAUAUCGAAGUCCUGAAUCGGGAUCACCUUAUAUUCAAAUACUAACAGAAAUACUUGAGGCAAAGGGCGAAAAAGAAAGUCUUUUUGAUUUAUUGACGGAAGUUAAUGCGAAGCUCCAAGAAAUGAUCCAAUCAUUGGGUGCUAGCUGUGAACAAGUAUCAGUGUUCGAGACUACAUUAAAGAAAAAACUACAGUUUGACAAAAUUGUUGCAGUUUAUACGAAAUAUUCGGAUGGAAGAAUCGAAUAUGAGAACAAAUUGGAGGAAAAUAUUCAAGAUCAGACUUCUGUUAAGUCUACUCAAGAUUUGAGAAAUUAAAUAUUUGAUAAAUACAAUAUUUGAUGUACGGGUAUUUGUGUAAACAUGUAUCUUUUAUUUUUCAUGUACACUUUUCACAAUGAAAAUAUGUAACAUAUACGAAUUCGAACAGGGAGUCACAAAGAAUAUAAAAAAAUAUAUGCAUGACUACUGUAAAGUUUAAAAGAUGACCCCAUUAAUGCAUGGUAAAAGGUACUGCAGGUGCAGUAAAAGUAGCUGAGUCAAAGAUGACCGCGAAACAAUAUGCUUAAUAAGGGAAUUUAUUGCUUGCCUUAAAUAAACUCGAACGGCACUUACUAGAGAGUAAAUCAUGAAUUAUCAGAAUUCUGCGUUAUUCAAUAAAUAGUGAAGACCUA